UAAAACUGUAAAAUUUAUUAAAGUUCGUGUUUUCUCCUCUCUCAUUCGCGAUUUCACCUUUGUCCAUCGCGUUUCUUCUGUUCGAUCUCAAAUCAACGGCCAAGACUAACGGCUAUCUGACACGGUGUGGUAUUGGAAAGUAGGCGAACGCGAUCCCGGUGUUCUCUACUCUAUAGUUUCAUUUUAAAGGAUAUAAGUCUGUAGAACAAACAACAUAGAUAUAAUCAUUUCAAAACAAAGAGAGCAAAGAGAGGGAGAAGGUGAACAUUUAUAAGGUACAAGCUUUAUAGUUUACAGACAAAUAGUUAGAUCACAUAGGUGCAUAUGACAUCUACAAAAGCUGGUAUUGUUAGUAAUGAUUCUUCCACUCACUCAGUUAAAGUGCCUUUCAAGAAAUAUGAUAUCUUCAUCAGCUUUAGAGGAGAGGACACUCGCAACUGUUUCACAAGCCAUCUUCAUGCUGCUGUGUCGAAGCUAUGUAAGAUAGUUAUGUGCUAUCAAGAACUUUGAUGUCUGAUCGAAUCCUCUCUUUGUAAAAUAUCUUAUAUUUAAAAAUAAACAAUGUUUUAAAAUUUUUUUAUAAUUAAGGACAAAGAAAUUAGUAGUUUUGAGAAAUAAAAUUUUGAUUUAGUAAAUUUUACGAAAAUGACUACUAAGAAAGUAGUCAAGGAAAAUAAAAAGCCAGACAGUAGGUAGUGAUAAUAUUAAAUAAGGAAAUUUUGUUCUCAAAUCACAUAGGUAGAUUUGUUAGGUGUGAAAGGACCAAAAAAAAUAUAGAUUCAAAUUUGUACAACUGAUAAGAGAAAAAGGAAAAGAAAGAAAAAAGCUACUAGUAUUCAGCAUUAACAUGAUAAUGAGAGAGUGUCAUAAAGGCAUUGUAUAAAUUUCAAGAUAAGGUUAUUUUAGGAGUGUGUAUCUUCCACAUUCCACAACCAAAGCAUAAAUAUUCAGAGAUAGCUAUGGCUUCUUCUUCUUCUCUUAAGAAACAUGAUGUUUUUAUCAGUUUCAAAGGUGAAGACACUCGCACCAAUUUCACAAGCUUUCUUCAUGCUGCUUUGUGUAGAGAUCACAUUGAAACCUACAUAGACUACAGGAUCAAUAAAGGAGAAGAGGUUUGGGAAGAACUUGAAAAUGCGAUUAAAGCAUCGACUUUAUUUUUGGUUGUGUUCUCAGAAAAUUAUGCGUCUUCAACGUGGUGUUUGAAUGAACUUGUUGAAAUAAUGGAAUGUAACCACGAUGAACAAAACAACAUUGUCGUGAUUCCUGUGUUCUACAAGAUUGAACCUUCACACGUGCGAAAGCAGACAGGGAGUUACCACAGGGCGUUGGCUAAGCACAAGAGACAAGGAAACAAUAAGAUUCAAAAGUGGAAGAAUGCUCUCUUUGAAAUAGCAAAUUUAUCCGGCUUUGAUUCUAGUACAUAUAGGACUGAAUCGGAUUUGAUCGAAGAGAUUAUCAAAACAGUUUUACUAAAAUUGAAUCACAAGUAUACAAAUGAACUCAGAUGCUUAUUCAUACCAGAUGAAAACUAUUCAAGCAUUGAGUCAUUAGUAAAAUCUGAUUCAGGAGAAGUUAAAAUAAUUGGAAUAUGGGGCAUGGGAGGCAUAGGAAAGACAACCCUUGCUGCUGCCAUAUUUCAGAAGGUCUCUUCCCUAUAUGAAGGUAGUUGUUUCCUAGAAAAUAUUACAAAAGAAUCAAAGAGACAUGGACUCAGUUACACAUGCAGCAAACUUCUUUCUAAGUUACUGAGGGAAGAUCUUGCGAUUGACACUCCCAAAGUAAUACCAUCUAUGGUUAUGAGAAGACUCAAACGCAUGAAAGCUUUCAUUGUACUAGAUGAUGUUCAUACUCUAGACCUUUUAGAAAAUUUGAUUGGAGUAGGGCACGAUUGCCUUGGAGCUGGUAGCAGAGUCAUUGUGACAACCAGAGAUAAGCAUGUGUUGAUAAGUGGAAGAGUUCAUCAAAUUCAUCAAGUUAAACAAAUGAACUCUCAAAACUCCCUUCAGCUUUUCAGCAUGAAUGCUUUUGACAAAGUCUUACCUGAGAAAGGAUAUAUCGAACUGUCAAAAAGAGCAAUUGAUUAUGCCAAAGGCAACCCUUUAGCUUUGAAAGUUUUGGGAUCAUUUCUUCAUUGUAAAAGUGAAGUAGAAUGGAACUGUGCACUAGCUAAACUCAAAGAAAUUCCAAACACAGAAAUUGAUUUGAUAUUGAGAUGGAGUUAUCAUGAAUUGGAUGAUAAAGAGAAAAACAUAUUUUUAGACAUUGCGUUGUUUUUCAAAGGAUAUAAAAGGGAUAUGAUAACAAAAAUAUUAAAUGAGUGUGGUUUCUAUGCAGAAAUAGGGAUAAGGCAUCUUUUAGACAAGGCUCUUAUAGGAGUUGACUCAAACGAAUGCAUACAAAUGCAUGACUUGAUACAAGAAAUGGGCAAACAAGUUGUUCGAGAACAAUCUCCAAAGAAUCCCGGACAACGCACUAGAUUGUUUGAUCCUAUGGAAGUUUGUGAUGUAUUGAGAAAUGAUAGAGGAACUGAGAUGGUUGAAGCUAUAUUUUUAGAUGCUACUGAAUUUAAGCCCAUAAAUUUAAGUCCCAACGCAUUUGAGAAGAUGCCAAACCUAAGGUUACUUGCUUUUCGAGACCGCAAGAGAAUUAAAUCUAUAAGAUUUCCUAGUGGCCUUGAUUUAUUGCCAGAAAAUUUGAGAUAUUUCUUUUGGGAUGGCUAUCCAUGUAGAUCUCUGCCUCCAACCUAUUUUCCUGAAAAUCUUGUGGAGUUUACCAUGCGAGACAGCAAUGUGGAAAAACUUUGGAACGGAGUACUGAAUUUGCCAAACUUAGAGAUACUUGAUGUCCGGGACUCCAAAAAGAUGAUAGAGUGUCCAAAUGUGUCUGGUUUCCCGAAUCUAAAGCAUUUACAACUUAGUGGUUGUGUAAGCUUGCCCGAAGUUGAUUCCUCAAUCUUCCUUCUCCAAAAGCUUGAAAAGUUACACAUGGCUGGAUGCACGACAAUUAAGACUCUUUCGAGUAACACUUGUUCACCAGCUCUCCUGGACUUUGAUGCCAUGUAUUGCAACAAUCUGCAAGAGUUCUCAAUCGCAUUUGCUUCCGUAGAUGGUUUGGAUUUGUCUUUACCAAAGUUUGGUGCGAAUAAACUUCCAUCAUCAAUAUUGCAUUUUGAAGAUGUUGAAGUGUUUACGAGUCCUAUCAGUGAUAGUCUUGUGGAUCUUCCUGAAAACUUUGCCAUUUCUAUUUGUCUUGUGAGUGAGAGUGGUGAACAUGACGCUUCCAUCACUUUACGUAAAGUACUUUCUAGCCCCGCCUUACUGAGUGUAAAAAUUUUAAUCAUAGACCAUGUUUCUAUCUUGUCUAAAAUCCCAGACAAUGUCUCCUUACUAUCAUCAUUAGAGUAUUUAAUACUAACUAGUAUUGCAAUUAAAAGCUUUCCUGAAACCAUUAAGUAUCUUCCCCGACUCAAAUACCUUGAAGUUAUCCGUUGUGAUAUGCUUCAAUCUAUACCUGCACUUUCACAGUUCAUUCCAUAUUUCUUUGUCUGGGAAUGUGGAUCUCUUGAAAAAGUAUUGAGUUCAACGAAUGAACCAUCUGACAAACCCAACCAUGGUUUUAUGUUCCUUAACUGCACAGAGCUGGAUUCACAUUCAUAUCAAAUAGUUUUGAACGAAGCUAUUGCUGGGAUUGAACUUGGAUCAAGACUAAAUUCAGAAAACGAAGAUCCAUCUUUAGAUCAUGAUAAUGAUAUUAUUAUGUACUUCUUACCUGCAAUGUCUGGCAUGGAGAAUUGGUCCAAUUACCCUUCUACACAAGCUUCUGUCACUCUUGAGCUUCCUCCCAAUUUGUUGGGUUUUGCCUACUACUUGGUUCUUUCUCAAGGAAAUGUGGGAGAUGGUGUAGAUUUUGGAUGUGAGUGCUGCUUGGACAACAGUUCAGGUGAAAGGAUCUAUAUAACAAGUUUCAAAAGAGCCUAUUUCUCCAGCAUAUUCUUUUCUUAUGUCGAUCCUACAAUGUACAUGAGGUCGGAUCAUUUGGUUUUAUGGUAUGAUCCAGCAAAAUGCAAGCAGAUAAUGGAAGCAGUUGAAGAAAUAAAAGCCAUUAAUGAUGUGAACAACACCAGUUACAAUCCAAAACUUACAUUUAGAUUCUUCAUUGAGGAAAGCCUAUAUAAUGAAGUAACUAUAGUCGAGUGUGGUUUUCACUGGAUAUAUCCCUUUGAAGGGAGUGCAGUUCCAAAUAGAAAUGAUGAUCGAGAAGACUUGAGCUAUUCUCUUGAACGACUCUUGGAUUCGAUGGAGAGCAGCUGGAGUGGAGAGAGGAAAAUUUCAAGUGAUUUAAAGAGGCACAACAAAUAGUUGACAGAGGCAUAUACCUGUUUUCUUAUACUGAAUAUUGAAUUAAAGAACAUGUGGUGUUGGUACACAUUAUUUAUUAUCUUGUAUUACUUGUACUAUAAACAUCUAAUAGAUUAAUGAUAAUCUUGCUUUUUUUUUUUAAUUUGUUUUUAAAAUGCUUUAAAGAGGCAGUUGACAUAUCAUUGUUGCUACAAAGUUUGUGAACACUUGAGCUUUUUGAGUGCUUUUCUUGGCUCCUAAAAGAUAUCAAACUCCAACAAACCUACAUCCCACUUCAUCAUUCUUCUGGUCAGGUACGACUUAUGGAGUAUCUUUCUGAUGGGUUAAUCGGUUCUCGCCACUAUAGUAUGGGCGAGUAAAUAAUGUCUUAGUUUUCUGGAUGCCGUUACGAGCGUUAGGGUGAUCUUCUUUACCGUCUAGUAACAAAAUUCCGCCCUUUGCUAAACCUUCCUGAUGAAAUAGACUAGGUCUUGUGAAGAGUCGUUUUCUCUUAUCAAAGAAGGCUUCCAAUGCCUCGGAGGAAACAAUGAGGUAAACAAAAAGAGAUCCCCUUCCGGCCUUCCCUAGGGUGGACCAAAAUGGGUGGUUGUGACAUUACCUCUUUAAGUUUCGUGAAGAAAUUAUUAAACAGUUGCUUUUUUUUUGCUUAAUCUUAAUGAUGCAUCCAACUUAAUGCUUUCUUGUGACUUGCUUCAGUCUAAUGGGAAAUGAGAAAUGGGCCAGAUGUAGCUUUCUGUUCAAUGAUCAAAGAUUACAGAUGUACAAUACUUUGUCCUUGUUUAUGAGCCUAUGCUCUUCACUCACUUGUUCUCUAAUGGUUGUUCUAUGAAACACUCAGUUUCUAUCAUGUUUUU